AUGGCAAACGAACUGCGAAAGGUCUUUGAGGCAGAUGGCACUCCAAGUUCCGGAAUCAACAACUAUGGGGCAAACGCGCACAUUCCUGGUGACCUAGGUAAUCGAGGAACAGAACUCGUUUUCAUUUCGAUGAUUUGGGUGAGCUACAAUUAUUCUGGGAAUGGGAUACUUGGUCAUGCCUUCAACAUGUUCUACAGACUUUUGACAGGAGGGACACUGCUACACUACAAUAUAGGAGGUCGGGUAACCUUCCUCCUAGAGCCAGGGACAGCUGUGGACGAUGAAAUGUUCAGAAUGUGGCCAACUGUGCUGCCUCCAAACGAAGGCGAAAGUGACUUGGUAUGGGGAUUGAGAAUCAAACAGAAGCUCAUGGACGUCUAUAUGAAAUACGGAUACAAGCCAUAUAUCGGAAGGAUCAUGGGACGUGUCAUCGAUCCACAGGACUGUGACGCGGGCGACAAGCUGCUGGCGACACCUGAUCCUCCGCCGCUCGCACCUGGGGGCCAAACGCCUUGUUCCAGCCUUGCCAGAGAAGAACCCUCUAGCGCGCCUGGCACCCCGUCAGCGCAAGCUCAGACUGACCAGGAAACGGAAGACUACAUCCCUUUGUCAUCGUGA